GUGUACAUAUGUUAUUCUUGAUUGAGCACUUCAAUCAUUAUUGUAAUCUGUUUUUAUAUUUUGUUACAAUGGAAAGUUUGACAGAGGGGAUCAUUGAUCCAUCGGAGGAAUUCUAUUAUGUAUGGCUACAGGUUAUGACCAUCCCCAUCUUCUACAAUGCCGUGAUCAUUAUCUGCAGGACAUGCUUUGAACAAAUUCAGAUGAACUUUCUUGGUGUUUGGCUAACAUUGGACUACCUCGCUGACCUGAUGUUUGCAGCUGACAUGGUCAUAAAAUUUCGCACUGGAUACCUGGAGCAGGGCAUCCUGAUCCAGGACAAAGCUCAGCUGAAGAAGCGCUACCUGCGCUCUUUUAUUUUUAAAUUGGACCUGUGUUCCCUGCUGCCCACGGACCUCCUCUACCUCUGCUUUGACAUCAACACGCCGCUGGUCAGGGUCAACCGCUUUCUGCAUAUGACCCGCCUGGGUGAGGCCCUGGACCGCAUGGAGACACGCACCUCUUACCCAAACACCUUCCGCAUCUCCAAGCUCAUGCUCUACAUCUUUGUCCUGAUCCACUGGAAUGCCUGCCUGUACUUUGCACUAUCCAAAUACAUUGGCCUGGGGGCCGACCGCUGGGUGUACCCCAACGCCAGCCGGCCCGUGUUCAACUCCAUGAGGCGGCAGUACUUCUACUGCUUCUGGUUCUCCGCUCAGAUCUUCACCACGGUGGGAGACACGCCCCUGCCAGACAGAGAAGAGGAGUACCUGUUCAUGAUUGCCGACCUGCUCAUCGCCGUGCUGGUGUUUGCGUCGAUCGUGGGGAACGUGGGGAACGUCAUCACAAAUUUAAGGGAUCGUGAUAAUGUCUUUUUCCCAAACCACGAGCUGGUGAAGGUUUACCUGCGCAGCCGGCACAUCAGUAAGGACCUGCGUAAGAGAGUCAGCGACUGGUACCAGCACCUAUACAUCAACAAGAAGAUCACGCGGGAGAACGAGAUCCUCAAGCAGCUGCCUGUUCAGCUGCAGACGGAGAUCGCGGUCAGCGUUCACCUGCCCACCCUCUCCAAGGUCACCAUCUUCCAGAACUGUGAGAAGAGCCUGCUAGAGGAGCUCGUGCUGAAACUCACACCCCAGGUGUACAGUCCCGGGGAGUAUGUUUGCAAGAAAGGAGAUGUGGGCCACGAAAUGUAUAUCAUUAAAGAGGGCAAACUGGCAGUGGUGGCAGACGAUGGAGUCACACAGUAUGCUGUGCUCAGUGAUGGGAACUUUUUUGGGGAAAUUAGCAUUCUUAACAUUAAAGGAAACAAAUCAGGCAAUCGCCGCACGGCCAACAUCCGCAGCAUCGGCCACUCUGACCUGUUCAGUCUGUCCAAGGAGGACCUGAGUGUGGUGCUCUCCGAGUUCCCGGUCGCCAAGCAACACCUCGAGGAGAAGGGCCGGCAGAUCCUCACCAAGAUGGGCAUCCUGGACGAGUCGGCGGAGGGCCAGCAGACGGAGACGGAGAAGGUGGAGAUCAAGCUGGACCGGCUGGAGAGCAACCUGGACACUCUGCAGACCAAGCUGGCACGGCUCAUGUCAGAGGUGGAGUCCAGCAACCGCAAGAUGCAGGGCAGGGUGGAGUUGCUGGAGCUGGAGGUGGAUGAGAUGGACCAACUACCCCUGGUGGAGCUGGGGGGAGAAGGGGAAGGAGAUGGGGAGCUGGAUGGGAACGCAGGAGAGGAAAGGAGAGGGGAGGGGGUGGGAAGGGAGGGGGACCGGGAGCGAGAAGAGGCAGAGGGAGAGGAGGAGGUAGGCGAGGGGAGCGCGAAGGGGCAGGGGAAUGGUGACAAUGAGGGCAAAGAGGGAGAUGGAGGGUGUAGGGAAAGCACAAAGGAAGAGACAGAGAAGCAAGGUUUUGAGAGAAUUGUAGAUGACAUGGAUAAGGGGGAAAAAUAUGAAAAGGGCAGCCGGGAGAAAAGAGAAGAAAAGACAAAUGAUGAUGAAGCCGCUAAAGCAGACGGAGAUCCUGGUGGUCACAGCGAGACAGAACCAACAUGA